AUGAUUGGUGUUCAACCCCAGGUAUUGUUUUCACGUGUCGAUAACACCCUGAAGCCGAAAAUUGAGUACCUUCAGCUUCUAGGGUUUCGGGGUUCUGAGUUGGGUGAGCUUCUCUCCAGCAAUCCAAUUCUUUUGACGUGCAGUUUGAAUAAUACGUUGGUGCCUUCUGUAGAGGCUACUAAGAAAAUAGUUAACGAAGAGAAAGAUUUGAUUAAGUUGCUUCGCAGAAAUGCGAAUUGGAUAAUCCCUUACCACAGAAAGAUUUUGCGCAAUGCUGCUUUCUUCCAGAGUUGUGGGAUCGUUGGGUCUCAACUUUCAUAUUUAUGCAUACAACAUGCUCGCCUUUUUGUCAUGCGAGAUUCCGUGCUUCGAAACUAUGUUUCACGGGCUGUAAACAUGGGUUUCUGCAUAAACUCAAGAAUGCUGGUACGUGCGGUCGUGGUAAUUAGUGGCUUAAGCUUUGAUACGUUUAACAGAAAGUUGGAGUCAAUUCAGAGUUGUGGGUUUUCUAAACAAGAGACCGUACAAAUGUUUAGAAAAGCUCCCACUUUGCUUCAGCGAUCUGAGAAGAAUCUAAAAGUUAAAAUUCAAGUAUGUUUGGAUAAAAUUAUGCUUCCUAAGUCAAUGCUUGUUAAGAACCCUGUGAUUUUGACGUUAAGCAUGGAGAAACGGGUGAUUCCUCGAUGGAGGGUUUUGCAACUCCUAAUCUCAAGAGUUACUUGA